AUGGAAUGGGACUUUGAAGUACGGGAUCUGAGUUGGGACACCGCUUCUGCAAUCUUUGAUCAAUGUCAACAACGGGAGCCAUUUAAGAUUUAUCGAGCAUGGCGAAAUUGUGCGCAAUGCUGUUCACAAAGACGAGUUGAAUCACAGCGCAAAAGGACGAACAGAUGCAGGGGUGUUAGUUUACAGCAGCACCAAGGAUCAUUUCAUGAUGUCAUCAGUUUCCUGGGCAUUUUUAGCGGAAUUACCCUAUAUAUUGCCAGCAUUUGGACACUUUUCACUGAUAAUAAUGAAGCAAUCAUUACCGGAGAUGACGUCCAAAUGGUUGUUGUUGACAGUCCCGGAACGAUUGGAUUAGGACACGCAAAGGAGAUGAUGAGGAAAAGCGGACAAGAUCGAAUUCUUAGUGACCCAGAGAAGGCGAUAACUCGAUCGCAACAUAUACUCGUCGUACAGGAUGCAACAGCCACAGGAGAUUACAUUCACCACCGAGUUCUCCAAUUAUUACAUCGGCACUGCUACAUUCCUUCGUCAUUGGUCUUCAACAAAAAACACUAUCGGAAGCCCUCACAGGCGAGGGGAUUCAACCUAUCAGAAAUCAUCUUAAGCGGAAGAAAGGGAGUGUCGAAUGGACGAGAAUGCAGUCACAACAAAAACACCACAGGUGCUACAAAUUGUAGUAGAUGUUCCUUGCGAGAAAGAGCGAUGGGCAAAAUUAAUCAUCGGAAAAAGUGGCGGUUCCCGAAUGGU